AUGGCGAAGUUCACGCCCCGCGCACAGGACAGACCCGUGCAGGACGAGGUCCCGUACCACCCCCCGCCGUCCGUCGGGCACGAGGUCGGCGUCAUUUUUGGCUUCAUCGGCUUCAUGCUCCUCUGCAUAACGCUGUACGGCCUCGGAUGGCAGGUCGCGAACCGGCGCAGCCAGGCGAACGAGCGCGCGCGCAUCGAGCGGUUGAGGUCGAGUGGGCUUUUGGAACACGCUGGGGAGAAGGAUGGGGAGAAAGACGGUGGUGGUGAGGGUGUGAGGACGGAGGGACUGUGA